AGUACAAAUUUUAGAUCUGGUUACACUGAGUGCCAACGCGGAAUAAAACAAACAACAAAUCAAAGCCAAUGUAAAAACAAUUGUCCUCAUUGAAAUAAUUACAAUUUUCCAAUUAUAAGUAUGACGUGUGGAAUAUGUCGCGGACACAAGGAGAAAACUGUGAAGUGCCUUGUAGCCGCAUUGGACACUAUCAAACAGCACGCCCUUAUGAUGCAACGAGACUCGGAGGAAAACGCCCGGACUAUAGAAAACCUACAAGCCCGCAAUGAAAAGCUGCAUAAGGCGUUGGACUUGCUAAAAAAUCGUCAGGAAUCCAUAAUUCCCGCAGGAAAGCGCAGGAAACUGUCGCCAAAAAAAGUUGUAGAUGACAUUUCCCCGCAGCCACAAAGCCAGAACUCCUUGAACAUGAAUAUAGCCAUCAGCAGUAUUGAUCUCUCCGACGAGGAUCAGGAAAUGGAGGAGGAUGAAAGCAUUGCGGAAACGGAGACUACUGUACUAAGUCCGCGUAAACUAAAACUACCUAACCGGAAGCCGGACAUCCGGAAUUUGGAAAACGAACAGCCAAACAAUGUUACUGCAGGAAGUAACAAUUGGAUUCGUAAGACGCCCAAAAAUUCAGGAGUUCUAACCAAAUUGUCACUAACUCACAAAAGCUCUAACUUGCACUUAAAGCAAACACGCCUCAAGUUCGAAGCAAAUAAGACGAACACUAGCGAAAAGGAUGUCAUAGAGGAAAGCCCCAAUUUGAGCCUUAAAAGAUCUCGGCCCCCAAGAUCGUUAAUGCAAAGGACAGACAACGUGAGCGUCUUAAACGCAGACGACUCGCUUACCACCAGCAGCAGUAGCAUCAUCAAGUUCAGCAAGUCUACUUUUGAGAUGGACAUGGACGACUUUAAUAUAGAGUGUUCAAAACAACCGAUGAUGCCACCACCAGCCACACCUCCGGGCCUAAAAAUUAACAGCACGUCAGAUAGCGUAGUAAUACUGACGCCUGCCACCCAGGACAUAAUCUUCGUGAAUGAUACGAUUGAAGAAAUUAACAAAUUGGGCACCAUGGAUGUUCUGGCCGAAAUUAUGAAAGACGACGACGAAGACUGCUCAAGCGCCUUAAAGCAGUUUGAGAAAGAUAUGAUUGACCAGCAGAAGCGUCUUCUACCAAAUCAUGCUAAAGCGGAAAAAACCAUUCCAGUAGCAAAAGCUGUUAAAACUGAACCCGUAUCUCAGCCAGAAAUAGAUGUGGGCAAUGAAUCAACGAAACUCUCGCAGGAUAUUGAAAAGUAUCUAAUGGAAAUAAAAGAAGAGGAGAGCAAGGAAUUGGAGGAGGAGUUCCCGCGACCGCUUUUGGUUAAAAAAGAACCUGAGCUGUCGGUAAAAGAACGUUUCAAUAUUGAAUGUGUGGAGUGCGAAAAGUUCAUAAAUUUCAUGGGUACAAAUCUGACUGAUGAGAAGAUCGAAAAGUAUUUGGCCAAUUGUAAGCACGUAGAUGCCAUUAGUAACACGCCACCGGGAUUCUGGAAUCCCCACAUGGUUUCCUUUGCCGAAGACGAUCCACGUAACGAGGUGUUGAUUGACACUCGGUUUAGAGACCAGCGUUUAAAGAAAUGA